UUUUUGGUCAUUUCCUUGGAAACUCCGUCUCUACUUCGUGUAUUCAAGUGCCCACACCCAACAACCGCGAGCUUGCUUCUCUCUUCUCCCUCUUCCUCCUGCUCCUCCGCCGCCGACGACCUUCUUCCAGUUCGCCACCCUUCUAUAGUUACCGGGCCACCAGAACCAGCGAUGCAGAGCGCCGUUCUCUCCCCCUCCUUCACUCCGCUCCUCCGCCCCAAACCCCACGAUCCCCUCACCCGGAAACAAACCCUUCUCCGCCUCCGUCCCCUCUCCGCUGCCUCAUCCUCCUUCGCCACCACUUCCGCCGCAUCCUCCUUCCAUGGCCUCCCGCCGCUCCGCUCUUUGGUCUCCCUUCCUUCCCUUUCAGAUCGGAGGCGCGACGACGCCCUCGCGUGCCGAGCCACCGCUGUCCCCGAGAGCGCCUCGCCCGGCGAUGGUGACGCUUCUUCCAAAUCCGGUGGGAUUCUGCAGACGCUGCAACUUGGCGCUCUGUUCGGCCUCUGGUAUCUCUUCAACAUCUAUUUCAACAUCUACAACAAGCAGGUUCUGAAGGUCUUUCCAUUCCCACUUACUGUCACGACAGUUCAAUUUGCUGUUGGAGCUACCCUUGUCUUGUUCAUGUGGACCACUAAUUUAUACAAGCGUCCUAAGAUUUCUGCUUCCCAGCUUGCUGCCAUCUUACCAUUGGCUGUGGUCCACACAAUGGGCAACCUGUUUACAAAUAUGAGCCUUGGCAAGGUUGCUGUUUCAUUCACACAUACAAUCAAAGCUAUGGAGCCCUUUUUCUCAGUCCUUUUAUCUGCCUUAUUUCUAGGAGAGAUGCCUACUAUAUGGGUUGUAUUAUCUCUUAUGCCCAUUGUUGGUGGUGUUGCUUUGGCCUCUCUUACUGAAGCUUCUUUUAACUGGGCUGGAUUCUGGAGCGCAAUGGCUUCUAAUGUAACCUUCCAAUCUCGCAAUGUGCUCAGCAAGAAAGUCAUGGUUAAGAAAGAGGUAAAAAAAAUUCUUGAGGAUUUAACAUUAAUGAUAAUAUUCUGGAAACAGGUUUUCAUGCAAUUUGUUUGUGCUCUGCAGGAAUCAUUGGAUAACAUAAAUCUCUUCUCCAUAAUAACUGUCAUGUCAUUUUUCCUUCUUGCUCCUGCAACUUUGUUUGUGGAGGGCAUCAAGGUUACCCCCACAUAUUUGUUGUCUGCUGGUUUGGAUCUUAAUCAAUUAUAUCUGAGAUCACUUAUUGCUGCAAUGUGCUUCCAUGCUUAUCAGCAGGUUUCAUAUAUGAUACUCGCAAGAGUAACACCUGUAACCCACUCUGUUGGCAACUGUGUGAAGCGUGUUGUUGUCAUCGUCACUUCCGUCCUUUUCUUCAGGACUCCGGUUUCACCCAUCAAUUCACUUGGUACUGGGAUCGCCCUUGCUGGAGUUUUCCUGUACUCAAGGGUGAAGAAAAUCAAGCCUAAGACUGCGUGAUUAGCUUAUCUUCUCUUUGUUCUUGUUCAUGGAAAUCUAAACUCAAUUUAGAGGAUAAACUUUUUCUGUUCUCAUUGAUGCUGUGCUUCCCAUUUGCUUCACAGCAUAUGGCUAAGUUUUGAAUUCGAACGUAUGUUUUCUUUCUUAAUAUUUGGAAUUUGAAGCAAAUAUUUUUUGCGAUCGAAUA